UGAAUUUUGAAAACAACAAUGAAGAUGAUGGUGAAAAUGAUGAAGAUGAUGAUAGCCAUUUUUCAUCAUUACUACAUCAUAAUUCGAAUCAUCCAGAUAUUCAUUCGAAACAAUUUGCCAAAAAAUCUUCAUCACCAACAUCAUCAUCAAAACCAAAACCAAAACAACAAACAUCAUCAUUAUCAUCAAGAACUAUAUCGGAAUUAGAUCCAACAACAAAUUAUUAUGAUGGUAUGGAUAAUGAUUAUGAUUGUGCAAGUACACGGCCAUUAUUAUCGAUUAAUGAUUUACAACAAGCAACAGCCGAUGCAUUAGCUCGUGAAAAAAAUAUUUUUAACGAAACAAAAAUUACUGAAAUUGUAAACGACGACGACGACGAUAAUCAAACAACCGAAUUGCAAAACGUUCACAGUUUGAAUCAAAUCGACAAUAACCAAAACGACCAAAAAAGAAGCAAUAAUAAAAGUAAUAAAAUGGCCGAAGAAGAGAUUGAUAUUGAUCUAAAUGAUCCGGAAGUUGGUCGAGCAGCUGUAAAAAUACAGGCCGGUUUUAAAACAUUUAUGGCCGGUAAAAAUAAGAAUAAAAUUGUAGAACCUGAACAACAGCAGCAGCAGCAACAAAGUUCUGGAAAUAUUCCGCCUGAAAAAGUUUCCAAUGAUGAUGAUGGUGGUGAUGAUGAUGAUGAAAAAAAUGAUCAAACAAAUCAAUCAGAUACGAAAACAACAACAAUCGAUGAAUCGUUAGCCGAAAUUGAUCUAAAUGAUCCAGAUUUGGAACGUGCAGCACAAAAAAUUCAAUCAUCAUAUCGUGGUUUUCAAAAAAAUCGUAAAUCAACACCAGCUACAACAACAACAGAAAAUGAUGACAAUCAAUAACAUUCAUUGGAAAACAACAAAGCGAGAA